CUGACGAAUGUGUUUUUGUCAACGAACGAGAACGGAAAACGAUAUUCGACGAUGAGCAAAUGUUGCGUAAAAUUUCAUAAUUUUGACUGAUUAAAUAUACCAAUGUAAAUCUUUACUUAUGUAAUGAGUGAUAGCGAAGCUGAUGAACGCACUUGUCUCAUGUCUGGGGAAUCGACUGCACGUUUAUGCCCGCCUUCAAACGAGUCGACUAUGGAAGUAAUGGAACAAGAUUUAGAUGAAGAAACUAAUGAAGAAAUUGGAAGACUAAACAAUGUACGAAGACGUAACAUACAGCAACAAGACGAUGGCCAAAGUUCGUCUGAAAAUAAUUGUCGGAAUAGUGAUGAUGAUUACAAUGAAGAAGAGGAAUUGAAAUAUGGUUUUAAAAGUGUGAUGAUGCUAAUUAUUCCAGUAUCUCUCUGUUUGCUUGUCGUUGUUGCAACUGUUACAUCCGUCACAUAUUAUUCUAAAAAUUCAGGACAAUAUUUAAUUUAUACACCUUUCCACGAACAAGAUGGAAUCACAAAAACAGAAAAGGCCACUCAUGCUUUUCUCAAUGCUAUCAUAGUCAUUGCUGUAGUCUUGGCAAUGACAAUAUUAUUGGUUGUACUUUACAUCAAAAAAUGUUACAAGAUAAUAGCUGGCUGGUUGAUACUUUCCUCGUUGCUUCUGCUUUUCUUUUUUAGUUUUAUAUAUAUUCAAGAGGUUUUGAUGGUAUACAACAGGGCAAUAGAUUAUUUCACGUUGGCUCUAAUUAUUUGGAACUUUGGUGUUGUAGGAAUGAUUUGUAUUCAUUGGAAGGGUCCUCUUCUACUUCAACAGAUUUAUUUAAUAUUUGUCAGUGCAUUGAUGGCACUUGUGUUUAUAAAAUACCUCCCAGAUUGGACAACAUGGUUCAUUCUCGUGGCCAUUGCAAUAUAUGAUUUGUUUGCGGUGUUAUGUCAAGGACCUCUUCAAAUCUUGGUUCGUACGGCACAAGAAAGAAACGAGCCAAUAUUUCCUGCACUUAUAUAUUCAUCCACUGUGAUGUGGAGUGUUGGAAUGGCAGGUGGAAAUGAGGCAGGACAAAACACAAGUGAAAGAACAAGUCAACAUUCUUUUGACGAGACUUCAGUUGAAGGGGAUGGUGCAGCCCAAGAUGAAGCAAGUCAAGCAGCAACAGCAUUAGCUGCAAGGAGUGACUCUCAAAAUGACUCACUAGAAGAUGAGGAAAAGGGUGUAAAGCUUGGUCUUGGUGACUUUAUAUUUUAUAGUGUUCUUGUUGGAAAGGCUUCUUCAUAUGGAGAUUGGAAUACAACAAUAGCAUGCUAUGUUGCUAUUCUCAUUGGAUUGUGUUUAACUCUUCUUUUAUUGAUGAUAUUCAAACGGGCUCUUCCUGCCUUGCCAAUAUCAAUUGCAUUUGGACUUAUCUUUUAUUUUGCAACUAGUGAAUUGGUAAAACCAUUUGCAGAUGAACUAGCUAGCCAACAAGUGUUUCUAUGAUUUGGACAGUUUUGAUGUUUUGUUUCUGUAACUCUCACUAGAGUUUGUACAUUGAAUAAAAUUUCUUAUGUGAAA